AUGCGUUUGAGGUUGUGGUUUUUAUUCCGGGUCCUACUAGUAGCAACUAUCAUAAGCCUUUUAUACCUAUAUUUCAAGCAUUCUGAUAUUGAUCAACGCACCGAAUAUGAUGAUGGUACCUUGGUAGACUAUCACAAUUACAAACUCAUAAAUGAGGAGAGGCAUCGCUCUGGUCCUGGCGAGCAUGGUGUUCCCGUUUAUCUCUCCGGAGAAGAAAAAGAAUUGUCACAACACGUCUUUUCCGAGAAUGGUUUUUGUCGUGUUGUUAGUGAUAAAAUUGCUCUUGAUCGGGCUAUACCCGAUCUCCGCCAUGAACAAUGCAGUUCCAAACUCUAUAGUAGGCACUUGCCGAGUGUAUCCGUCGUCAUACCAGUUUUUCAGGAGCAUUGGACUACACUAUUGCGCACCGUUGUUACUGUGACUAAACGUGCUCCUCCUGGUGUUAUAAAAGAAAUCAUUCUCGUCGACGAUGGUAGUUUCAAGACUUUUCUUAAGGAGCCCCUUGACAAAUAUGCCAAAACAGAGUGGCCUCCUGGUUAUCUGAACGUGAUUCAUCACGAAAAGAGGACUGGCCUCAUAGCUGCUCGCCUUACAGGUGCCAAAGCAGCCACUGGUGAUGUUCUACUCUUUCUCGAUUCACACGUAGAAGCCGGAACCAACUGGCUGCCACCCCUGCUUGAGCCAAUAAUCAAUGACUAUCGAACAGUCGUGUGUCCAUUUAUUGAUGUCAUUGAUCAUGACACCUUCGAGUACCGCGCUCAGGACGAUGGUCGUCGUGGGGCGUUUGAUUGGAACCUAAAUUACAAGCGACUUCCCCGAUUGUCAGAGGACAAAAAUAAUCCAGCAGAACCGUUUGAUAGUCCCAUAAUGGCGGGUGGUCUUUUUGCUAUCAGUACAAAAUGGUUUUGGGAGCUGGGUGGCUAUGAUCCAGGAUUGGCAAUUUGGGGCUGCGAACAGUACGAGCUAUCCUUCAAAAUUUGGAUGUGUGGUGGGAGGAUGGUGGAUACGCCAUGUUCUCGAAUCGGACACAUUUAUCGAGGGAAAGCAAACUUCCCCAGCGCUAAUGCUGGUGAUUUCCUGAGUAGAAAUUACAGGCGCCUCAUGGACGUGUGGAUGGAUGAGUAUAGUAAGUACGUCUAUCAGCGACGACCUCAUUUGAGAAAUGUCGAUCCUGGUAAUCUGACUGACCAGCUUGAGCUGAGAGAAAGACUGCAUUGCAAAUCGUUUGACUGGUUUAUGAAAAACGUUGCCUUUGAUUUGACCAAGUACUAUCCACCAGUGAUUCCGAUUCCUGGUGCCAAGGGGAAGAUCUACAAGGCUGCGGACAGGAGCUACUGCAUUGCUCCCACAGCUGAUAUAAUGACGCUGGUUAAAUGCGCCGAAACCUCUGCCACCUUUGAGCUCACCUGGCAUGGAGACGUUUUGAUUAAGGGAACAGGUGACUGCUGGGAUGUGCCGAGCACAGUGCGAGGUGCACCGAUAAAACGGUUUGGCUGUCACGGGCAGAAGGGCAACCAGCACUUCACACUGCAAUGGGUAACUGGUGUGGAUGCCAACCCGGUGAUGCUAAGGCAUGUGCCCUCAAACACAUGUGUGGAGGCGGAGGUCGCGGCAGUGCGUGUCUACCUUGCCCCUUGUGACAACAGUGUGGUCGCGCAACACUGGCAUUGGGAAACGGUUCAGUGGAAGCUCGCCAAGAAACAGGAACAGGAGCUCCACCUGGAGCAAUAG